AUGGCUGUGCAAAAUGCACCACGCGCCUCCAGUGUCUAUUCCCGCGCCACAACCGGGCAGCAAAACUUUCCAGCCCCUGAACGAGAUGGCGAUGAUGCGAGUCUUAAUGAACAUCGGAUGGACUGGCCAGACGGUGUUCCCGGAGCGUAUGGGUAUCUGGAACAAGGUGAGAAAGACGACGAAGGCACCACUGCGGUAGGGUCAGUGUCCAUCUCGCCCACUUUCACCAGCCAUGAGGUCGGUGCCGUCGAGGAUGCCGAAGAUGUACAUGAUGCGGCCUCUACAUCAAGUCAGGAGACAACGAUUCGGCCUUUACAGCCUGUGAAUGCCUAUAUGAGGAUCUGCUCUCUGAGCCAAUUAGUCAGCUUCUUCAAAGCAAGAGGCAGAGAUGGUGCCAGAAACCAGCGGAAAGAUAGAGAUGCCGCUCCACAGCCUGCCAGCGCAGGCAGGAAACGAGCUUACACGUUACUGCCGCCAGUUCGAUCACGACACAACAGCGUGACACCGCGAAAGGCGGAGAAUGACGAUGCACAUCAGAAUCCUCAAGAAGAAGCCAAGUCGAGGCUUCGGAGACGUGCCAUAUCCAGCAUCUCAAACGUUUUCCGCCGACGGAAUUCCACAAGUGAGCCUCCGUGGUUUCCAGGAGCUCCAUGGGCGCCGGAACUUCCAGUCUCGGAUGAAGGCGAGUUUAUGAGAGAAGCUUUCCAACUCGUCUCGCAUCACUAUGCGCAUCUAGCGGCCAAACAAGGCGAUCUCUCGGAGCGGGGAGUGGAGGUGGGCAUGUUUCGGGCGUUCCACAGGGCGUCGAGAGAAGUGCCGGAUAGUUGGCUCGCGCCUGAGAUACCCGAACGGCGGGCUGGAUCAGGACGUGCGGUUGCUUUGGAGCUGGACGAUGGGAGGGUGAUAGGUCUGAAUUAUCAGUGGAAUCCGAGAAGUAUGGACACUAUGCCCCUUUCGUGUGGCAGUGACAGGCAGGCCGGGUGGGAUUCUAAGUCGAGGGCCAUGGCAGACGCGGAGAAAGAGUGA